AUGCGACCUGGUCUGUCUGCUCGUCAAAUUCGACUGAUGACUCUGAAUCCUGGUAAAUGGGAUGAUCCAAUAAAUUUCCAGUUACAACCAGCAUUUCUAGACCAAAACACCCCAUAUAAAGCACUCUCAUAUGUCUGGGGAUCGUCGAAAAACCUUCAAAAAGUCACCUCAGAUGGACACACAACCAAGAUAACAGUUAAUCUGAGAAAUGCAUUACGGCGUCUGCGUCGAGAGGACGAACAAAUUGUAUUAUGGGUAGAUGCAGUGUGCAUUAAUCAGUGGAAUGUGGGCGAGAGAAACCAGCAGGUGGCAAUGAUGCGAGACAUCUAUGCCCAAUGUGAAGAGGUUGUUGUCUUUCUAGGAGAGUCCUGGAAUCCUUUGUUCAGAUGCAAAACGUCCUAUCGGACAACUGAAUUUUAUUUUGACAACCGAGAUCGAGAGAGGAUGGGUGAUUUCCAACAUCGGAGGUGGGAAUGCAAAAAACAACGAGGAGACAUGCCCAGUGAAGUUGAUGUCUUUUGCUUGCUUCGACUGAUGGCAGAGGCUGUAUCGGAUCCGGAUGUGCAUCCUUGGUUUCAUGAAACAAUGCAGUCUGGUGCGGAAUCCCAAUAUUGGCAAUAUCUGUUCGAGAUAUUGCGACUCAUGAUGCAGGCCAAAUGGUGGAGUCGAGUAUGGGUGGUUCAGGAGAUUGUCGUCCCUGAUCAGGCUUCGAUAUGCUAUGGAUCUGCAGUUGCACCAUGGAAUAUGUUGGUUCAGGCCACCAGCUUCUACACACAAGAUCGCCAGACACAAUCUGCAUCAAUGCCUCAUGAAUAUCGAUGUGUACUGGAUGACUAUUCUCGCAAGAUUAUGGAGAUCCAUAGUAUGCGAGAGAGCUGGCGAACUGGUGAAAAACCAUCCCUUGUUGUACUACUGAAGCAAUUCAGUGCUCGAGUAUCCUCGGAGGAGUGCGACAAGGUGUACGCCCUACUUGGUCUCGCCACGGAGGAGACGCGGAUUUCUCCAGACUACUCACUCUCCUUACCUCAGGUCUUCCAGAACAUCGUCCUGGCAGAUAUCGGCCACCGGAAAAGUCUGUCCAUCUUGGUUGGGGAUCUCAGCCGAAAAGAACGCGAUGAUAUUCCCUCGUGGGUGCCAGACUGGACUACUGCGUCGAAUGAUCUGGUCAGUCGUCGAGUCAAAUGCAUCAGAUGUUAUGGCGCGACGCUAGAGUCUUCCAUUACCACUCUUCGAGUCUCAGAGGGAGCGCUUGACUCUCUCUAUAGUGAGCUUUGCGAAGUUAUUUCUCACAAAAACAGCUUAUCCCAAAUGCGCGAGCUGGAGUCUCGUUUUCUCCCAGCAAUUAAGCAACAUUAUAUGACCACCUCUGAAUCUUGUUUCCCUUUUUUCGAAACUGGAGAUGGGCAAGUCUCGACACUCGGGUCAUAUGUCGACACGGUGAUAGCUGUUGGCAACCCCUCAUUCUCUGCUGCAGAUCUGACCAACUCUGUCCAUGAAUGGAUGUUUCUUCAUGAAAGAUAUGCCAGUCUCGCCGAGAAUCGCCUUUAUGAUAACCAAACCGCGGGGGAGUUGUUUUAUUCGCAGGCACCUCGGACAAAACCAUUUUACGGCACACCGCUUUUCAAGCUCAUUGGAGAUUGCUAUGCCCACGGCGCCAUGGAUGGCAGGGCGCCAGGGAUAAGUAUACCGCAUCCUUUCGAACCAUCGUCCACUUAUAGGUGGGUUAACCCAGCAUCCAAAAUCCUAUUGUAUAACUGGAUAUCCAAAUACACAAAAGAGACGCUACAGAGGGCUACCUUAUCUUGGAUAGAAUUUGUGCAGCAAAGCGAGGCUGAGCUAAAGAAGCGCCGCCGACACCCAAUCUCGGGUGAUAUUGCUAAACUAAACGAUAUGUGGCAGCGUGCAAUAUCUGAUGGUCUAAUACACGAUGAUGAGCGCAGGGAAUAUGAAGCAUUCAGACGAUUUCCUGAGUCUACUACGGAACCUUUAGAGGCGAACUUGAUCGAUAAAGCGCGUGGGUCUUAUGAAGAGUUGGUUUCUCUAAACCGGGAUCUAUUAUUCGCUCAGGGAUGCAUGAAAGACGCAAAAUACCGUUUAAGAUUAAAGCUCCAACUAAUGGGGUUUUACACUCUAGUAUAA